CCUUCAAGGCGCCCAUCUGAGAGGACGCCAGUGAAUGGGAACUCUUGGUGCAAGGAACAUCAAAUUACUUGUUCAACUCGAGCUUUGUUCGAAAUGGCUAAGGCUUCAAUAACUCUCCUGGCAUUGCUGGCUCUCGUUGUUUUGGUGGACAACACUCAAGCUGGGGCCAUUGAGGGCUAUGAUCGAGAGAUAAGUGAUGACGAUGUGCGUGAAUACCUGGGCCUUUUGGAAAAUUACUUUCAGCAGCACGAAGCCAGAAACAAGCGAGGCCGCUUCUGUUUGAGGAGGGACAUGACAUGCCCCGACCUGCCAAAUGGAAAGGAUGUGUGUUGCAAUGGGUCACAAUGCUCUUGCAACCUUUUCAAUCAAAACUGCAAGUGCAGCACGAUUGGCCUGUUCCAAAGGCUGGGCUAAGAUGUUUCCAUUUCCACCAUCCCACCAUCCAUCUUAAACCAUUCAUGUCAUCCCUUCCCUUAAAUGAGAGACCUUGGCGAAACUCUACAACAUUCAUUGCAUGUACUUUGAUUGUACCAUCAUAUCAUUUGAACAGGACCAUCAUUCCAUCAGAAGGGCAGGGCUUCGCAUUUGAACAGGAUCCGAGGCUUCGUAGUGUCACAUGCCUUCUUCUUCCUUUUUACCAUCGAAAAACGUUAUUGCACUCUGUUGAAGCACAGAAAAAGUCUCCCGAAUACAUGCCAAUCUUGAGAAACUUAAAAAGGACGGAAUCGAUAGAAUGCUUAGAUACUACUUAUCGUCACCAUCAACAAUGUAAGACUUCAAAAAAAGACCAUACAUUUAUAUAUCUCCUCAGGGGAGAUUCUUUGACCAUUCAUGUUGAAAGGCCUCCUCCUCUCAAAGAAUUUCCCUCAUUGAUCCGCCGAGCACAUUAUUAUGAAAAAGAGAUAAGUUGAAUAUGUCAUCCCGGUCCUCCUAUCUUGCCUCCCGUUUUCAGCAUUUGAUUUCAUUUGGGAUAAGGCUUUCAUUUGAGUUCAUUGGAUUGUUCUGAGAUUGUGGGCGCAUUUGAAGUUUCAUUUGUACGUGUGGAUUCAAUUUAGUCUUUUUCAAACGCUGUGUACGACUGUGGGUCCCAUUUCCGUUCCAAGACGGCUCUCCCUGGAGGCAUUACUACGUUCUAUUCAUGAUGCUUGCCUUGCAGAAACAUGUUUGUAUCACUAUAUUCUACUUAACAAGAGAAAUAAACCUUGGUUCAGGUUAUCCACAAUAAA